CACUCGAUCCACGACUCCAUCAGACACCAUGUCUACUCCCACCCGAACCAUCAAGAACUUCUUGCGGAUCGGACCCAAGCAAGCCUUCUGGCAGAUGCUCGGAAUUGGUGACACCAAGGCCGGAACUCUCGUCGGCACCGAUCGCUUCGGCAACAAGUUCUACGAGAACAAUAACGAGGAAUUGCCCCUGCGAACCAAAUGGGUCGAGUACAAGGAAUUUGACUACGAUGCUGCGCACGUUGAGCCUGGAUGGCACGCCUGGCUUCAUUACCUCACGGACAAGCCUCCGAACGUUGACCCCAACAUGAUGCAUCAGAAGAGGCCAUGGGAAAAGCCCGACCACAUUCCCAACCUCACCUGGACCCGCGGCGCAUACAAACCAUACUCCACUGUGAAGCCCAAGCUUUCGGAGUGGCAGCCUGUGGCACGGCCAAGGGAGUAGGGACUGUACCGAGCGGUCAGGCUUGGGUAGAGUGCCGAGAGUUCACCGAUUCAAUCGCAACCAGAGCUUCUGACAGGGGGGAGUUGUAGUGGAAUUAAACCAUGACACUUGUAUAUUUCGCUCAUUUUUGAAGGUCUGAGGUUGUGUACGUAAAGACGAGUGAUCCUAUUUGCCGCCAUGGAGGUUACACUCCUUCCCGUUGAGCUGUCAGACGAAAUACAUACAUGAUGUCAGAAUGCUGCAGAUUCUCGCUCCCCCGAGAGGCAUGGCGAUAUAUAAAGGUGCGAGUCGUUAAGUGGCUGUGACAAAUAG